AAGGAUUUCCUGGAAGAGGCGGAGUCCAGAUCCUCACAGUUAUAACUCCUCUCCUCCUCCUGAGCUUGUCUAGUAGCUCACAGCUCAGCAAAGCAGCACUUGGGCUGAUACACACCGAGAGAAAAGUACUUUACAAGUCUGAAGUUUGUUGGCAAAGAACUUCAAAACAUUUCUGAGAGACGCUGACCAGUAAACACAUAUCUAUCCAGGAUUUAUUCGAGAAGAGCGAGUUUGGAGAAACAUUGAAGGUGUUUUACUUCCAGACAGACCGACCUCUUCAUGCCCUCCUAGACAACCCUCUGAACCUCUCUUUGACCCUACCUCUUCUUCUCUUGUCUGUGUGGCGCCCAGUGCUACCCAGGCUGCCUAGAGAUCGGGCACAGCGCCAUGGUAACUUACAGCAAGUUUGACUCCGCAAUGAGCAGCAGCCUCUUGGACUCCAGCAUUCGGCUGCCUCAGCGUUACAAGACUUUCACCUCCAAGACGCAGUACCAGAUGGUCCUCACCACGCUCCACAAGCUCCAGGAGAGUGGCUUCUACUGGGGAGCCAUCUCGGGGAAGGAGGCCAACGCCAUCCUGGCGGCAGAGAGCACCGGCACGUUCCUCGUCAGGGACAGCUCCGACAACCGACACCUGUACGCCCUCAGUGUCAAGACGGCGUCGGGCACCAAGAACCUGCGUAUUCAAUGUGACUCUUCCUCUUUCUACCUGCAAACAGACCCUAAGAACAUUCAAUCUGUUCCCCACUUUGACUGCGUCCUCAAGCUGAUCCAUUUCUACAUGCCUCAGAGCAAAGGGAACACUCGCAGUGGGAAUAUGUACUACAUUUACUCCGGAGGGGAGAAGAUCCCUCUGGAGCUCAUCAAACCUCUCUCCUGUAACUUAUCCACCUUGCAGCACUUGUGCAGGAAAACUGUCAAUGGACAUUUGGACAUUUCUUCUAAAAGAGAACAACUUCCUCAUCCUCUUAAGGAGUUCCUCCAGGAGUAUGAUGCUCCUAUCUAGAGGCGUAUGACUGAUGCUCUCGAAGGGGCAAAGACUUAAAAGGGAACUGGAUGGUUUCAGCGCAGCUACCUCUGAAGACACGUGCUGUGUCUGAGGAGUAAUGACGAAGCAGAGUCAAGAGAGUCAAGCCCGAGUUCGAGCUUGCGAAAAGGAGCAGUACUGACCAGAUGUGUGUAGGUCUCACAGAAAAGUGCGCCCAGGAGAAAGGGAGUACUGUUGUAAUAUGGCGGUAUGAAAGAGCCCUCACUGAUGACAUACAACUUACUGAUAACUGAAGUGAGACUCACAGUCAGCUGUCUACAGUCUGAUGACACACAGGUUCCCUCUGCUGCUGCUGCUGCUGCUGCUGCUGCUGCUGCUGCUGCUAACCUAAUGUGCUGCGAGGCUGUCGAGCUCACACACAUCAGCCUCAGAAAAUCAUCCAUCCAUUAAAGCCGGACUGGCUUUUACGGUCAGGCCGGCUUUUUUGCUGACCUCGGAUGAUAAUCUUUGGACGUAUUAGACACGUCCGUCCAGCAUCCUGGCGUCUCUGACCAGGCUGGAAAAUCAUAGACAAUGGAAACUUAGUAUGAGUGGACACUGAUGGCCUUCUGGAUGCAUAUUUGCACCAGCCACGAUGGGAAAACGGAACAAGAAGAAAAAAGAAAAAAGAAAAAUCUGAAUCUAAUUACAUGUUUUAAAAAGUGGAAAGAAGACGUGUUUGAGAUAUUUUAUUUUAGAGAAAGGGUUUAUGCCAAACUUGCCUGAACUAGACGACAGUUUGUUGGAAUACUAACAUGACUGAAUCCUAGACAAUCUUACUUGAGAGAACUGUACCACUGCCUAAUAUGGCUUCAGUGGGGAGGAAAUGUAUCUAUCAAAAUAUGUGGUAGUAUUUGUGGCACAGAAAGGAUUGCCAUUGCUUGCAGAUGAAUGUAUUAAACAUCGUAUCUGUCUUUUCCCAAUAAGGAGAAGAGUCAAAAUGUAUCUUAUAUUCAUGAGUUUUCAUGAGUGAAGAUGUUUUUUUUGUGCUGUCUUUUAUAAAGAUUUACUUUUGCCAGCCAAAUCACUGGCUUUGGAUGCUUGAAUAUAUUUGUUUGACGAAGCAAGCAAACUGAUACGACUUUGCACUUAUUUAUAUUUGUAUGAACAUUUCAUUAAUUUAUAAUAAAAGAGCACUAUUUUUCUAUGAAAUGAGAUCUCACUAUUUCCUGUGUUUUAUGAUGACUGAAACCUUAUUUCCACAGGCAGAGUAAACUGACUAAUAGUGAAACACACUUUAUAUGCAUGAUAAGUUUAGGUAACAGCACUUUUGGUUUCAUUAAGAUCAGUUCACUGUGUCAUGAUUUCCUCUUAAAUUAAAUGAAAUAAAGAUACACAAACGUA